GGAUGUAUACUCUUCGUCAUCGGAGAAAGAAAAAAAGGGACAGUUCCGAGUGUAGAAAGUGCAAGUGAGACACGAGUCCAGUACUCCAGAGUCCAGACUCCACACCAGUGUUUUCCAGUGUCAGUGUCGUCAGUGACAACUGACAGGCAUGGUCGGGCUGGGUCAGGCAUCAUAAAUGUAAGUAUUUUUAUUACAGUUCAGAAGUGGGAUUGCUCCCAGCUUUGCAUACGCGUUGAAAGCCGGAUUGCCCCAGCUUUCGCGUGCAGGCUUUCGCGUUUCGGAAUCACACCUACGCGAGUCGUCAACUCGUCUGCCGGUGCACGCAUGGUUACGAUGGCCUAUAAGAGUCUUUGCGCGAAUAUUAUUAAAGAAAGUCGGAUAUUGGACAGAUGUUCAAGAGUCGCUGUAGCCAGACGCGGUUAUACGAAAACGGCGAGCACGUCUUCGGAGGAUGACGAGAGGACGACGCACUUUGGCUUCCAAACGGUUAAGGAGAGCGAGAAGGCGAAGGAAGUGUACACCGUAUUUGAAAAUGUUGCCGAUUCUUACGACUUGAUGAACGACACGAUGAGUAUGGGGAUACAUCGCAUCUGGAAAGAUAUUUUUGUACAAGAAUUAGGACCUACUCAUGGUACCCAUCUCCUGGAUUCUGCCGGCGGCACGGGCGACAUCACAUUUCGAUAUAUUAAUUUUCUGAGGAACACGCCAAAUCCGCAUAAUAUACGUAGCCACGUAACUGUGUGCGACAUAAAUCAGCAUAUGCUAGAUGUUGGGAAAAACCGAACAAGUAGAUUAGGCUUAUCGCGAGACAGUAAUUGCGAUAUUACGUGGAAGCAAGAAGAUGCGGAGAAGCUUUCCUUUCCAGACAAUUCUUUCUCGGCCUAUACCGUAGCGUUUGGAAUAAGGAAUAUGACGCAUAUUGAUAAGGUAUUGUCCGAAGCAUACAGAGUAUUGCAGCCAGGAGGUAGAUUUUUAUGUCUAGAAUUUAGCCAUAUCGAAAAUAAGCCUUUACAAUGGUUGUACGAUCAGUAUUCUUUUCAAAUAAUACCUGUAAUGGGGCAACUGAUUGCAGGACAAUGGAAAUCUUAUCAAUAUCUUGUAGAAAGUAUAAGAAAAUUUCCAAAACAGGAGGAUUUCAAAAAUAUGAUCGAAUUCGCAGGAUUUAGAAAUGUGACUUAUCAAAAUCUUACGUUUGGUAUAGUCGCUAUUCACUCAGGAUUUAAACUAUAAGUAAAUAUGUAGGUAGAAUUGAUUAAUUUUUGAAGGGUAAAAAAAUUUACAACUAUAAAUAUGACAUUCUCAAAAUUACGGCAACUGCGGUAAUUACAUCAAUACCAAAGUACAAAUAAAAUAUAUGGCAAAAAUGUAUAUA